GAGCCCAGAGCUGGGGUUUUAUUUUCUCAUUUCCCUGUAGUGAUAGGAAGGAGGGAGAGACAGAGAUACGCACUGAUAGUUACUAUCUGAGGUAGAGAUAGAGAGAGUGGGCUGGUUAGGAACUGAGAGAGACAGACAGAGAGCCAGGGCUAGGCAGACUGAGUAACUAAAGGCGACACUACAAUGUUGGGGGAGAGCGGCUGAGUUUGAGGUGACACGCAGGCGCCCGGGGAAACUGCUUUCGCUUUUAGUGACACACAGACAGCCGGGGACCGUGCGGUUACAGAGACUGGGUCUCUCUCUGACACACAGACACGCACAUUGCCGGGGAUAGAAACUCAAGACACACACAAUCUUUUCGAACAGGACAAACGGGUGCAAAUCCGCCCCCUAGGGUUAGGGAGAGAAACCAGGCGGCUCUGAGCUGAACACCUUGAGUCGGUGAAGCAGGUCUCUCUCUUUCUGGAAGCCCGGUGGCAGGGGGAGGGGGAAGCGGCGAGAGGCGCUGAACACACACACACACACCGGAGAGAACAGCGAGCAUUCGCCCACACCACACCAUGGCUUCGACUACAACGUGUACCAGGUUCACAGACGAAUAUCAGCUCUUCGAGGAACUUGGAAAGGGAGCCUUCUCGGUGGUCAGACGAUGCAUGAAAAUCUCCACAGGACAGGAAUACGCUGCCAAAAUUAUCAACACCAAAAAAUUGUCUGCCAGGGAUCACCAGAAAUUGGAAAGAGAGGCCCGGAUUUGCCGACUUUUAAAGCACCCAAAUAUUGUUCGCCUCCAUGAUAGCAUAUCAGAGGAAGGAUUCCAUUACCUAGUGUUUGAUCUAGUGACUGGAGGAGAAUUAUUUGAAGAUAUUGUGGCCAGAGAAUACUAUAGUGAAGCAGAUGCCAGUCAUUGUAUACAGCAGAUUCUAGAAAGUGUAAAUCAUUGUCACCUUAAUGGCAUAGUUCACAGGGACCUGAAGCCAGAGAACUUGCUCCUUGCUAGUAAAUUGAAAGGAGCUGCUGUGAAAUUGGCCGAUUUUGGUUUGGCAAUUGAAGUCCAAGGAGACCAGCAAGCAUGGUUUGGUUUUGCCGGCACACCCGGGUACCUCUCCCCUGAAGUAUUAAGGAAAGAUCCGUAUGGAAAGCCGGUGGACAUGUGGGCAUGUGGUGUUAUUCUGUACAUACUGCUGGUUGGUUACCCUCCUUUCUGGGAUGAAGAUCAGCACAGGCUGUACCAGCAGAUCAAGGCUGGUGCUUAUGAUUUCCCAUCACCAGAGUGGGAUACAGUGACUCCAGAAGCUAAGGAUCUUAUCAACAAAAUGUUAACAAUAAAUCCUGCCAAACGAAUCACGGCCUCAGAAGCUCUGAAACAUCCAUGGAUUUGUCAACGAUCAACUGUUGCUUCUUGUAUGCAUAGACAAGAGACUGUGGAAUGCCUGAAGAAAUUCAACGCUAGAAGGAAACUGAAGGGGGCCAUUCUCACAACAAUGCUGGCCACAAGAAACUUCUCAGCAGCAAAGAGUUUGAUGAAUAAGAAGACUGAUGGGGUUAAGGAGCCCCAAACCACUGUAAUCCACAAUCCUGCUGAUGGAAAUAAGGAAUCCUCAGAAAGUACCAACACCACCAUUGAAGAUGAAGAUGUGAAAGCACGCAAACAAGAAAUUAUUAAAGUUACAGAGCAACUGAUUGAAGCCAUUAACAAUGGAGAUUUUGAAGCCUACACAAAAAUUUGUGACCCAGGGCUCACUGCUUUUGAGCCUGAAGCACUGGGUAACUUGGUUGAAGGAAUGGACUUUCACAGAUUUUACUUUGAAAAUGCUUUGUCUAAGAACCACAAGCCAAUACAUACCAUUAUAUUGAACCCCCACGUCCAUUUAAUUGGUGACGAUGCUGCCUGCAUAGCAUACAUCCGUCUCACUCAAUAUAUCGACGGCAGUAGCAUGCCAAAAACCAUGCAAACUGAGGAAACCAGAGUCUGGCAUCGCCGUGAUGGAAAGUGGCAAAAUGUUCACUUUCACCGCUCAGGAGCCCCAACUGUCCCUGUCAAGUAAGCUAAAAGAACUGGUGCCACUGCUGAAUUCUCAGCACUCAUUAUGGAUUGGAAGAUCAAGAUCACAUUAUAAGCACUUCCAGUCUAUUUUAACGCAUGUUCCUGAAUGCAUGAAGCUCUGACAGUGCACUUGUGACAUGUCCUUUGCUGUUUAUACCAUCCGUAAAUUUUUGUUUACACUUCAUCGGAAGAAAUGUUGCAAGAAGAAUGAAACCAAAGGAAGGAAAACUAUUGAAAGUACUUUUUAAACCGUUAUAUGCGCCAGGUUUCUUAACUUGUUAUAAUUAUAAAAGUUGAAAUAAAAAUGUAUUUUUUCUGGAUUUCAAAAAUUUUAAAAGCUACUGUACCCCCUUAAUCUGUAUGAGAAUACAUUGUAAGUGGCCCAUAUUAAUUUUGAGUAUUGAAAUACUUUUGUAAUAUAUAAAGAAGGGGAUGUCCUUAAAGUGGCAGGGCACUGUUACAUGCAGUUCCAAAACUUGUUCUACAAGCUGUAAUUAUCUAGUCAGGGCUGGCUGUAUCAGCCUAGAAAGUAACACCUACUACAGUAGCUGAACAGUCUUUUUCAUUUUUUUUUCCAGGUGAAACAUAUGGGAAACUCUCUUUUAAAUGAAAAGUAAAUUUUGAUGUGCUAGUGCUACUGCUAGUCUUUUAUCUGUUGUAUUUCUUAUGUGUCAUCAUCUAGGAUUAUUUUUAAGUUGACAAAUCAUUUUUACUCAGUUUGGGUGCAAUACGUUUCAGAAAAAUCAAGCUUGCUUUAAUUAUGGUGAUGUGCAAAUUGUGAUUUGAGUCAAGUGCUUAUUGCUUUGAUGGAAAUAGUUUAGAGUUUUGUGAACUAUGUUAAUCUGCUUGUUUGUAGUUAUCCAUAGUAUCAAUUUAACAAAGAAACACAAGAUCUUGGAAUUUAAACACCAAAUAUAGUGGAUCUGUGAUGUACAUGCAACAUUUAUUUAAGAACUUCCUUGCCUAGGCAGCUGAUUAAACAAACUCAGAUCAUUUUAUUUUUCUCCUAAGGACACAGGGAUCGAUGUUUUUAAUAUCAUCUGUGAAAAAUAGUUUAUCAAUACUUUGUGAACAGAAUGAUUUUUGCUUCUGCUUCUGUAUAUUUGUGAAGGUGUUCUUGUGUAAAAACUAAGUUAGCAGUUAUGUCCUUUUUUCUUUGGAGGGAGUGUUCCCUCUUUUAAAAUGUUUGUUUCUUCGCUGUUGUAUACUUAUAGGGUUAUACUCCAGUGCUGAAUAGUGCAUGUAAUCUCAAUUUAAUGUUUUCAGUGAUUGUACAGAACCAUCAGAUUCUCAUUCAGUGGUCAAAUCUUGGCAGAAUUCAUUUAUUUAUAAUCUGUGUUUGUUAGUCGCCCACAAAACAAUAUGGUUAGCUGCUGUUACUAGCUGAAUAGAUGGCAAUAAAGUCUACCCUUUACAUGGAUUCAGAAAUCGUGUUUAAAUAAGCAUGUAUAUUUAUGGGCCAUAUUAAUAUGCCAAUAAGAUCUAUGAAAAAUAGGGAAUUUCUUCAUUUUGUUUUUUGGUGACUGGCUGUAGUAAUGUAAGUGUAUUGAAAUCUAUCUAUGUUAUUUUCAAAUUUUAAUACCAUGUGUGGUGUUCAAGUAGUAUUAAAGACCAAGUCUGUCUUCCACACCCAGAUCUGAGGAGCGGUGAUUGGAUUUUCCACCACAAUUGAAAUGUUAAUUAAGUUCUUUCAUUCUGCAAAGCUGCUGUUUAUCAUGGGACACAGUGUACAGAGUUCUUGCCAUAAUGGUAAAUAAUUGAUACAUUUAAAACAAAAUAAAUUUGUGAUUAUUUCUCCUGA